AUGAAGUUGCCCGCUCUUCUCUUCCUCACCACGGUGGCGCAGCUCGGCGCCGGGCAUGACGACCUCACCGAGCCGGCUGUUAGACGGCGCGAAGCCCUCAACAUCGGCCAUGACGCCUCACCAAUCGACACGGCUGUGCUCCCCCAGUCGCCGAACGAAGGAUGCACGACGACCGUAUCGACGACGUACGGCUAUCCUUGCUCUUGGGACGGCACCACCACCGUGUACACGUCCACGACCGUCUUGUAUAAGCAGAUCAACUGCAACGGGUGCGACAGUGUGAGCGUCUACGAGGAAUGGUACUAUUGUCCCAACCAGCCCGUCACCGCGACACUCAACGCGGGGUUCCCUACUACUUCUUGGAGCACGAUAUGCCAGCCAUCUCCCGCUCUCCCCGAUCGGGCCCAGACAAACACGCCUGCAACCACGACGGCCCUUGGUCUCGGCGCUCUGCAGACCGUGCGUUCACCCCCCAGCUUUCCGACGGGAAAUCCGUUCCCGACUCCCACCAUUGAGCCGGGACCCAGACGCGCCCGCCGCCGAGCGGGUGACUUCUAA